UUAUACUUGCAAACAUUUCAUUUGUCUUUUUGUAUAAAUGUAAAAGUAAUAUGUAAAUGUGCAUACUGUUUGAAAUAGUACACUCAAAAAUACGUACGUUCUUUCCUUAAAAUAUAUUUCAAUAACGUAGGAUUGGAUUUUCUUCGCAAAGAGAACCACAUUUUCAUUAUAAUUAAUCAUUUUCUCGAAAAUGUGGUCUUGGAAAAGGGGGGAUGGAUUAUUAUUUUUCGCAGGACGAUAGAAUAGAAGGUGAAUUUUUCUGUAAACAAGGGCACUUGCAUUGCGCGUUUCUUGACGUCACUGCGGACGGACUUACGUCACAGCAGCAUAUGGUAUCAUCACCUAGGUAACUCAAGUCGAUUCUAAUUGGUCCGCUUAUGCGCAUCUAUAUGAUACUUAUGGAUACACACAAAGAUCUUCAAGAUUAUUAUUCCCUUAUCUUUAUUGAAUUGAAAAAUAAUGAAUUUAGAUGAAUUAUCGAUAGUUUUAAUCUGAAUUUAUGAAACACACCCAUUACAGAUGCUAAAUAAUUUCAUUUAUUUAACAUAUUCUUAAUGUUCCAUUCUUUUUUUUUUCCCAAUGCCUAAGUCCAAGGUCAUAAUCUAAUCCCAUGUGUAGCAUUUAUAAAUAUUACUGCUGAUAACGAUAGUUGAUUAAAAAUGUCGAAUCUCGUAGCUGGAAAGCUUGCUUUUGUUACUGGAGCUGGAAGUGGUAUUGGUAGAGAAACAUGUCGUAUACUAGCUCGAGAAGGAGCUAAAGUUAUCGCUGUAGAUCAAAAUCUUAAAAUAGCUGAGGACACAGUCAAAGUUUUAAAUGGAGCCGAUCAUAUUGCAUUAAAAGUAAAUGUUACCGAUCUGCAUGAUGUAGAACAAGCUUUUAAACAUAGCGUUAAAAAAUACUCAACUUCUCCAACGAUUAUUGUUAAUUCAGCAGGAAUAACGAGAGAGAAUUUUAUUCUUAAACUCACCGAGGCUGAAUUCAACGAUGUCAUUAAUGUUAAUUUAAAAGGUACAUUUCUCAUAAUGCAAAGCGCAGUAAAAACUAUGAUAGAGACUGGACAAACGGAAGGAAGUUCUAUCAUUAAUAUUGCUUCAAUUGUUGGUAAAACUGGGAACAUUGGUCAGGGUAAUUACAGUGCCUCGAAAGCUGGAGUCGAAGCUCUAACUAAAACAGCCUCUAUGGAAUUUGGAAAAUUAGGAAUACGCGUUAACGCGGUCUUACCAGGAUUCAUAGAAACUCCAAUGAUUGAUACAAUUCCCGAGAAGAUAAAAACUAUGUUUAUUAAUAGAAUACCAUUUAAGAGAAUGGGUCAGCCGAAGGAAGUUGCAGAAGUUAUUACAUUUCUAGCUUCAAAUAGAAGUUCCUAUGUUAAUGGUACUUCCAUUGAAGUUACAGGAGGAUUUCAUUAAAUCAGUGUCUUAAAUUGCUUAUACUUAAUCUCGAUAUAUUUUGUAUUUUGAAAAUAAUUUUGAUAAUUUGCGUAAAUGCAGAAAAAUAAAGGGGUUUUUCAAAUAACAAUAAUCUUAUAUAGAUAGAAAACAAUAUAUAUGUAUAUCUAUAUAUAAUACAUUA